GCAGCGGCUCCUCCUGCAGGUUUCUGCGGUCAAAGGCUAAAGUUGAACCGACCUAGCAGCGCUCUCCUUACGUUAGCGGACCAUGGCUAAACAUCACCCAGACCUGAUUUUCUGCCGAAAACAAGCCGGUGUCGCUAUCGGGAGGCUCUGCGAGAAAUGUGAUGGAAAGUGUGUCAUCUGUGAUUCUUAUGUGAGGCCGUGUACGCUGGUCCGUAUUUGUGAUGAGUGUAACUACGGAUCUUAUCAGGGACGUUGUGUCAUCUGUGGAGGACCUGGUGUGUCUGACGCCUACUACUGUAAAGAGUGCACCAUCCAGGAGAAAGACCGAGAUGGGUGUCCUAAGAUUGUAAACUUGGGCAGCUCCAAAACAGAUCUGUUUUAUGAAAGGAAGAAGUAUGGCUUCAAGAAGAGGUGAAGACACGGCGGGCCAGUCUUUGUCUUAGUUUUUCAGAUUUUCUUAAAAACUUCCAAGAAACAUUUUUUGACUUGUCAAUAAAGCUCGCUUUUAUA